CUAAACUCUGCAUGUAAACUUGCAUACCGCGAAUUGCAUUAUUUGCAAAAAUUAAUAAAACCAACCCAAAAUGCAAUUUCUAAGUGUUUUUCUUACGAUUUUUGUGUCGGAGGUAUUAACAUUGGAUAUAAACGAAGUGCCUCCAUACGUAAAACAGUGUUACGAGGGGGACCCAAAAGUCGUUGAGUGUUUUAAGGAUGCCCUUUUACAUUUGAGGCCCUAUCUAAGAAACGGCAUACAGGAAAUAGAACUGCCUUCAGUAGAGCCCUUCAAAAUGGAAGAACUGAGUUUGUCUUUGACUGGAGGACCUAAUGGAUAUAAGGUGUCCUUGAAGGAUAUCGACAUUUUUGGGGCUAGCAACUUCACAGUACAAAAAAUAAAACUCAUAGAAAAUGGCCAACCAUUUGAAGGCAAAAUUACAAUACCCUUACUAAGGAUUAAUUCGAGAUAUACAAGCAGUGGCGUGCUCAUCAUUUUACCAGCCAGUGGUAAUGGAACCUUCAAUGGACAAUUUGAUGAUUUGAGUGCCUAUGUUAAGGGCAAAGUCAGCGUACACAAGAAAGACAAUGCAGAAUAUUUGCACGUAGAUUCUUUAAAUGUAGACGUGUCAGUAAGAAACGCUAGAAUGGCCGUCAAGAAUAUUUAUAAGAACAAUAAAAUUUUAACAGCAUAUUUCGUGAAGCAAUGCAACAAACUGGACGAUGAUGUGAACCAGUGUCUUCGUCAGAGUGCAAAUUUUUUGGUGGCCAACAUGAGAAACGGUAUACCGGAAAUAGGGGUGGAGGAGCCGGAACCAAUCAUCAUAGACGAAAUCCAGCUGGCCCUGGGCAGCGGGCCCGACGGCUACAGGGCCGUAUUCAAGAACAUUAAGGCCUACGGCGUCAGCAAUGUGACUGUCACAAACGUCAGGUCUGAUAUUGACACGAACCAAUUCCAAAUCACCAUGUAUAUUCCAAAGAUAUCUGCUAGAGCCCAAUACGAAUCCACAGGAGUCCUAAUUUUGGUGCAAGCUUCUGGAGGGGGGGAUUACUGGGGGGAAUAUGAUGGGGUUAAAGUGAAAGUUUAUAUUAGAGCCUCACCAGUAACCUAUGAUGGUAGACAAUUUUUAAAGUUGCAGCAAUUGAAAAUGGACUUUAGCGUCAAAGAAAUUUCCAUGGGAGUUACCAAUGUUGCUAACGGCAACACUGUGCUACAAGCAGCCCUGAAUUUAUUCAUCAACUCCAACGGGCAAGAACUGCUUAAAGAAAUGAAACCAACUCUAAAGAAAAAGCUGCUGAUUCUAAUGAAAAACUUUGUGGAUAACUUGUUCCAAAAAAUACCAUACGAUUCGUGGAUUGUUUAAUUUGACAAAAAAUUACUAUUUUAUAUAAUAUUUAUUUAAG